AUGUUUCAGGCGUUUCAAGACGAGAUCAAGCAAUUGAUGCAUGUUAUUUGUAAAGAGGUAGACAGAAGUGGGAAUUCAAUUACUUACAUGGUCAGUGAGUUAAUACAGGGAAAGAAGGUUGACUAUACAGUUGUCUACAACAAUUCAGACAAGGAUGUUUGGUGCAUUUGUCGCUCCUUUCCCUCACGGGGCAUUCUUUGCAGCCAUGCUCUAGCUGUUCUGAAGCAAGAGAACGUGCUGAUGCUGCCAUCGAAGUACAUCCUCAACCGCUGGAGGAAGGAUUUUAGGAUACUUCAUUCAUCUGCAAAUGUUAAUUAUGUAGAAUCAGAUAGAAAACUGGGUAUUUAUGAUGACCUCUAUAGUCAUGGCCAUGAACAUUUUGAAGAUAUCAUUGACAUUGGAGCAAGAGAGCCUGAGCUUAAGGAGUUCGUGUUGUCAGCCAUGAAGGAAGCAAAGGACCGACUAAUUAGGCCUGAUCACACCCAACAAGGUAAUCAACGGAUUGAUGUCAAUAUGUCCGUGACUGGUCAGGCGUCCACAGAUACAAGAGUUGAUGUGAACAUGACAUCAAACUCCUCAGCCCUGAUUCAAGUCGACAGAAGGGUUGAUGCAAAUAUGACAUCAGACGCAUCAGCCCUAGUUCAUGGUGAUACCAUGAGAUCAAAUGCCACGGCCCUGAUUCAUGGGGAUAGAAGAGUUGCAAUGAAAAUGCCAACAACCCACCUUAUUCAUGGAGAUGGAAGAGUUGACAUGAACAUGGCAACUCCUCACUUCAUGCAGAGGGAAAGAAGAGUAGACAUGAACAUGGCAUCGUCACACCUGAUACAGGGGGACAGAAGAGUUGAUAUGAACCUGGCAACCCCCCGCUUUAUCCAUAGUGACAGAAGAGUUGAUAUGAACCUGGCAUCUCCGCAUCUGAUACAGGGGGAUAGAAGGGUUGAUAUGAACAUGGCAUCCCCUCACCUGAUACAGGGGGACACAAGAGUGGAUAUGAACAUGGUAUCCACUGCUCAGAAUGGGAUGCACACAUUCCAUUUGGUGAAUGUAAACCUGGAGAGUGGCUCUUUGCCAAUGACUGCAACAGAUUUCAUGCAAAUGCAUCCGCACCCACCAGUUUGCCAUCCGAAACAACUCCUCGAUAUGAGAGAUCAGGUGAUGGAUGCAAAUAAGAAACCAAUUAUGGAAACCAAUACUUAUUUUAUGGGAGGUGGGAUGCAUGUGGGGUAGGUUGCUUGUCUAGUUCUGUAACCUUUCUGUUGGGAAAGGUGGCUUUCUUCCUUAUUUUACAUCGACAUGCAAUCAUGUAUGUUCUUAGAGCAGGAAGUACAACUAAACAGCUAGGUUUUAGUAUUGCAGAUCAAUCUUUAACUGUUAGUAGCUUUAUUGUAUCCUGUUCUCUAUUUGGCAGUUGUAGCAGGCUGAAUGCCACUGUCUUGUGCAUAUGAAAAAGAGGAAUGACCUUUCUUAUCA